GACCGAGGCCGUUUAGGGCUUUAAAGGUCAGCACCAACACUUUGAAUUGUGCUCGGAAACGUACCGGUACUGGGAGCCAAUGUAGGUCUUUCAGGACCGGUGUUAUGUGGUCUCGGUGGCCGCUCCCAGUCACCAGUCUAGCUGCCGCAUUCUGGGUUAGUUGUAGUUCCCGGGUCACCUUCAAAGGUAGCCCCACGUAGAGCGCAUUGCAGUAGUCCAAGCGAGAGAUAACUAGAGCAACUAGAUAACUAACCAACUGAGCUAGCCAGCCUAAGCCAUUACUUCAACAAAAAGAACUGGUUAGGCAAGCUUUCCCUUUAUAGCUUCGACCCCCACAGAUACAGGGCUGGAAGGGACACGGGGGGGGGGGGGAUAUCACCCAGACUGUUCCUCCCUGCCCCAAAUACACAACAAUAUACAGUGUAAAAUAAAAUCGCAUUUUAAGAGACAGGUCACGUAUACUUAUUCUUAUUAUUAUAUUAUUUAUUAACAGUAAAAAAAUAUGUUUAGAAGCAUAUUUAUGCUUCUCUGAAGGAGGACGACCCCCCCUUUCAUCUCCACCCACUGCCCCCAAUUUGACAGUGCCCUGAGGCCAGACUAGCUAAUUUUCCAGCCAGGCAAGUCUUCUGCACAUGGUUGCAGAACAAGCAGGGGCAAGUAAGGGUGCCAGCCUACCAGGAGUGGGGGGGGGAGGAACUCAAAACUGGCUGGACUGGUUAUUUCACUUUCAGGCUACUUGAAAGGAAAGGGGCAAGGCUGGCUCUCCCCCCACCCCAUACUCCAUAGUUUUACCUGUACACGUCAGGCAGAGAGGCAGAUUUUGCACUGGGUUGUGUCCCAAGUAUUGCCAAACGCAGCUGUUUUGUGCGCCUCUCCCUUCCACGCACAAACAGGAUGCACAGCCAGGAAUAAAAGUGGCGGACCGGAACGUCGCUUGUGCCAGUUCCAGGGGAGAAAAUGGAGGAAGGAGGAAGAGGCUCUCGUCUCGGCCAGGCUGGGAGGUUUCUGUCUGGUGUCGGCACACAGCAGGUUAAAGGGGAGCCAGAUGAAGACUUGCUCCAGCCCUGGGAGUGGCAGAAAUCCCAGGAGGGAACUGGCUCAGAAAGAGGCAAAUCCCAGGUGCCUGGAUUCGUAGGCUGGGAUGACAUGGCGUUCUCUUCAGCCAUCGCCGACAGCAACCGUGGGCCAAGAGGAAAGUUGGGGUCUCGAACUUUUCUGGGUCUCGUUGGGAAAGUCUCCAGAAGUCAGGGUUUUCCACUGAGCGUGGAAGGAGGGAUUCCGGAAAAGGAGAGGCUACGCCAGCGAUUCAGGCAGUUCUGCUACCAGGAGAACGAGGGACCCCGAGAGGUUUUGCGGAAGCUCCAGGAGCUGUGCCGCCGGUGGCUGAAGCCUGAGACCCGUACAAAGGAGCAGAUCUUGGAACUGGUGAUUCUGGAGCAGUUCCUGGACAUCCUGCCCUUAGAAAUGCAGGGCUGGGUUAGGGGGGAUUGCCCUGAGACCUGCGCCAAGGCGGUGGCCCUAGCAGAGGAUUUCUUGCUUUGGAAGGAGGAGGUCGAAAUGCAGGAGCACCGGAUUUCGGAGCCAUUUGAGAAGGCAACCACUUCCCCCAGAGCCAAACUCGCCUCUUUGGAGAUUACGAAGGCACAGCCCUACAUGGUAGUGGAGCCAGUGGGUGAUGGAGACCCCCACCUGCCACUAGGCGAAGGGCAAGUGGCCGAAAAUGAGGAGAAACCCCUUGAGCCAGGAGCAUCAAUGCAGGCGGAACUUUCCGGUGGCUCAUUGGACAAAGCCAAAUGGGAUUUUUCCCCAUUUCCUCAAGUGGAAAAUGUGCCCAAAAGUCAGCAAAGGGCAGACAGGAAGGAGGGAAGCUACCCCGGGCGGAGAGGAGGAGGAGGAGGAGGAGAAAAACUGAUUUGGGAGAAAGAUGGUAACAAACUCUUAAAUCACAACACCUUGUGGGAGAGAGAGCACAAGGACAAGAAUACUAGAGUGAGCCUCGGCUGUGGAAAAAGCUUCAGCCAGAACACACAAACUGAGAAAAAGCUACGCCAGCAUACAGAUGGUCCGAAGUGUUGGACAUCGACCCCUCAGCAGGAGAAUGUCCAAGCAGGAGAAGAGUUGGAUAUGGAUUGUGGAAGCAGCUUGGGUGGGAAAGCACAUCUUCGUGAUCCUCAGGGAAUCCCUGCAGGAGAGAAACCCUAUAAGUGCUCUGAAUGCGGACACAAUUUCAGCCAGGGCUCUGAUCUUACUGGAGACGGUCUUUAUAUAUGUUCCAGUUGUGGGGAAAGCUUUCUUUCCAGCUCAUCCUCCAGAAAACAAGAGGGAGCCCAGACCGGAGAGAAACCGCCUAAAUCCUCAGAAAGUGAAAAGGGAUUCCCACAGCCCGCCGAUCCUCAACAGGGAGAGAAGCCGUAUACGUGUACGGACUGCGGGAAAAACUUCAGCUUUAGGUCAAGCCUUGUUCGUCACCAGAGGCUUCACACUGGGGAGAAACCGUAUAAGUGUUUAGACUGUGGGAAGAAUUUCAGCCAAAGCUCGAACCUUCUUAACCAUCAGAGAAUCCACACGGGAGAGAAGCCAUACAGCUGCACAGACUGCGGGAAAUCGUUCAGUAACAGCUCGAGCCUGACGUCGCACGAGAGAACGCACAGAGGAGAGAAACCUUACAAGUGCUCCAGCUGUGGGAAAAACUUCAGUUGCAACUCGGUUCUUAGGAUCCACGAAAGAAUUCAUACGGGCGAAAAGCCGUACGAGUGCCUGGAGUGUGGGAAAAGCUUCAGCCGCAGGGAAUUCCUCAUCGGCCACCAGAGGACUCACACGGGCGAGAAGCCGUAUGAGUGUCUGGAAUGCGGGAAGAGCUUCAGCCAGAGAUCGAACCUUAUUAAUCAUCAGAGAAGCCACACGGGAGAGAAACCGUUUGAGUGCACAGACUGUGGGAGAAGGUUUAGUCACAAAGCAUCCCUCCUUAAACACGAGAGGAACCAUCUACAUGGUCUGACAGUGGAAAGGGAUUCAGCCAGAGUCCAAGCCACCUUGCGCAUGGCAGAAGGCACAUAAAGGAUGGAAUCAUAUACUUGGUGAGACAGUGGGGAAGAAAUGAAUGCAGGAGAGAUUGUGAGAACUUAUUACUUCAGUUUUUAGGACAGGUCCAACCUGAGAGUAACUACUUGGACUAGGAGAGAGCAUCACUGAUGGGCCACAGGGCUUUCCCUCACACUUUCUUUUUUUCUGUUGCCGUUCACAUCUUCACAACUUAAGGCCCAGCCUUCCCAGUUCCACAUCUACCCUUCCUAAUCUCUUCAACGUAUUAUACUCUGGCAUCGUUCCUUCGUGUGAUCAGCAUUUCACAUGGAUUCCUGCAGGUCUUUGGCCUAAGACUCAUCGCUCAAACUGUGGCUGCUGUCGUCACACAAGGUGUUCAGUUGGUGGUGUAGUAUAGUGGUUGCAGCAGCAAUUCUGCAACCGCUUCGCAUGGAAAACAAGGUGUGCUCUUUAGAAAGGGCCAUAACUCAGUAGUAGAGCAUCUCCCUUGGGCACAGAAGGUCUCGGGUUCAAUCCUUGGCCUGUCUAGGGAUUGGAUCUGAAACCCUGGAGAGCAUCAGUGUCAAUAAUACUAAGCUAGAAGGACAAAUGUUCUGACUUGGUAUAAGGCAGGUUUUCAUGUCUCUGCAUAGUAAACCGGCCUGGCCCUACACAUCCAGCCAAGACGAGGCCUCUCCUUAUUUUUCUCCACAAGCAUCUUGGGUGUCUCUCUCUUUCCCAGGUUUGCUACGAACUAGCCCAGUUCAGGCCGUACAUUUAAGGUGCUUUGAUACUGCUUUAAACUGUCAUGGCUUCUUCCAAAGAAUUCUGGGAGCUGUGGUUCUCUGUGGGUAUUGAAAGUUGUCAGGAGACCCCUCACAGAGCUACAAUUCCCAGAGCGGUUUCAUAAUCAAUCCCUCUUCACAGGGGACUCUGAGAACUGUGGCUCUGUGGGGGGCCUCCUAGCAACACCUUUAACAAACUACAGUUCCCAGAAUUAGAAUCAUAGAGCUGGAGGAGACCACAAGGGCCAUCCAGUCCAACCCCCUGCCAAGCAGGAAACACCAUCAAAGCAUUCCUGACAUAUGGCCGUCAAGCCUCCACUUAAAGGCCUCCAAAGGAGGAGACUCCACCACACUCCUUGGCAGCAAAUUCCACUGCCAAACAGCUCACAUUGUCUAGCCCGCAUUUUACCAGCUUCUUUACUAGAAUAUCAUGGGGCACCUUGUCAAAGACCUUGCUGAAAUCAAUUGUUUGUGAUGUGACUAGCCUGGGCAAGCCACAGCACAUGGCAAAGGAGAGGUGGUUUGUACUGCAUCCUUGCCAGAGCCUCACCACACACAAGCCCUCCUUUGAGUGCAGCGGAGGAUUGCAGCUGUAGGAUUUUCAUUGAAUUACGUUUUCGUUAUCCUAUCAUUCUUCCGAUGAGCUCUGGGUGCUAGUCAUGUCUCUCUUCUGCACCCUUCCCAUUUUAUCUUUGCAACAGUCCUGUGAGGUAGUUUGGUCUGAGAAACAGCAACUGUCACAACAGAGUCCCCCAUUCAAGCUUCGCCUCUGCCACAGAUUCACCCAGGAGCCUAAGGCAAGCCAUUUAUUCCUUCAUCCUUGACCUGCCCUCUGCUGCCACAUUCAGUGCAGAGGGUGAUAACACUGACCUACCUCGCAGGAUCGUAAGGUUGACCGAGAAGUGCUUUGACUACUAAAAGCACAGAUUAAGUGCCAAGUAGCUUUGCGUAGCCAAUCUAGAAAUUUCUUUUUCCUCCUCGAGAGUGGAAUGGGGGCAAGCUCCUUUCUUCAUAGCCUGCUUCCAGCUUCUGGCAAGGGAGGAAUCAAGAGAGCAGUGGAGCAACUCAGUAGAUUAACCAAAUGUUGCUGAGGAAUACACACAGUGAGAAGCAGCACUUCUAAACCAGGGGUGACCAACUCCCAAGAAAAAUAAAAAAAUUCCUUCAGUAGCACCUUAAAGACCAACUAAGUUUUUAUUUUGGUAUGAGCUUUCGUGUGCAUGCACACUUCUUCAGAUACCUUCAGACCAACACGGCUACCUACCUGUAACCACAACUCCCAAGAGACUGCAAUCUACACACAGAGUUAAGAACUGGCAGUGAUCUACCCCCUUUGGGGGGUUCAAGUCAAAGUUGUUGAGCUUUUCUUAGGAAUGAGGAAGGCACAUGGGGGGGGGGGUUCGAGUGAAAGUUGUUGAGUUUUUUCAGGGAGGAGGUAAAAUGUUGAGCUUUUUUUAGGGGAGCCACAGUUGUUCCUCUUCUUUGGGGAAAGCCAGUGAUCUAUCGCAGGUGUCCAGUGAUCUACCGGUAGAUCACGAUCUACCUGUUGGACAUGCCUGUUCUAAACAAAACAAGUGAGCAUUAAAACGUUAUAUGCUGGGCCACACUGGGUGUAGGCUAGGCAUCCAGAGAAUUUAGCCUUACCAAGUUUCUAGUCCUUCAAAGGUUGGGAUUUGUCUAAGUUGGUUGCAUUGGGUGAAAUUUCAGGGCCCUCCAGUAUUUGGUGCUCUUUGUCUCUCCCACCAGCUUAGUAGAGGCGGAAUGAACUGUGCAGACUAGCAAGUGUUUGUGAGCUUUUUUGGGGUUGAACUGGAAACUCGACCAACUUAAACUUCAGUUACAUUCAUCACCAGGUGCCAAUGUUUAUCAGAUAGAGGCAAAUACAAA